UUUAUCUCUUUCCAAGAAAAUUACAAAAACACACGUUAAAUAACGGCAUCCUUAUUUUAUUGCUGUUCUAAAUGUAAAAGUGCAAGAAACCUAAUAAGAAUUUCAGUUUUUCGCAAACUUCAUUUUGUAACUCAACAAAAAUAAAAAUUUUAAGUUAUUUCUACAAAACAAUAAUUUCCAAAAAAUCAAACCAAAAUCGAUUUCAUUGAAAAAAUAUUUAAAAUUUGUAUUAAAAAAGCUUUCUAUUUUGUUUACUAAAAUAAUUGUUAAAAAAAUCGCAAAGAAAAUAAAUUAUUUGCUCAAAAAUAAAGUAAUAAAAUGUCAACUUGUGAAAUGUUGGAAAAUAAUCUAUCCAAGAUUGACGAGAGUGAAGACAUUGAAAAGCAACAAAAAGAAAAUGGCGCAGGCGCCAUGUCAUCAAAAGAUGAUCAUGUUGUUAAUACACCACCAAAUGUAAAUCAAAAAACUAUUGGGGAUGUCUCCAAUUUUUUGUCAAAACAAUCCGCAACGACUAAGGAUGAUGUACAUAUGACACCACCGCCUCCACCACCAACGACUCCUGUGCAACAAAAAGAUAUUGCUAAACUCCCAGUAGAUGCAAAUACAUUGAAUGCACAGCUAGAGUCUGAAAUUGUAGACGAAACUACCGCCUCCGAUAAAUGGGAAAAUAUUUCUGAAGUUCCACGACCUCCACCAUUGCCAACAACGAAAUAUACAUAUGCAAAGAAUACUAAAGUUCAGGGUACUAACUUUAAAUCCGAAAUUAAAAAAGCCAAGCUUCGUUUAAAGUCCACUAACACGAACGACCGCCAAAGGAAAAAUAAUGAAGUGGAUGCAAUCGAUAAGAAGGAGCUAGAUAUAAAAUCGCUGGCAUUGAUGGAAUUGCCGAAAAAGUUUAAAUUUGAGGAAAUUUUAAAAUUAACCGAAAGAACAUGGAAAAUUCAAAAAUUACUAGAAAAACAAUCGAUGAUAAAACCCUCAGUUAUAUCUGUAGCAAUUCCAUUACCACCGCCAACAAAAUUAGUUUCUAUGGACAUUUUACUUAAUAUAAAUAGCGGUGAUGAAAACGUUGCUCUUACCGAGAAAAAUAAUAAUGAAGUAUCGAAAAAGGCGAUCGUUAGUAAUCAAAUGACGACAACAUGUCUUCAUCAUCAUGAUAAUAAUCAUCAUAAUGAAGAAGAGGUGUUAUCACUGCAGGUUCUAUCUGCACGCUCUUCUACACCAUACACACAGCCAAUGUCAUGUACAGCUGUAAGUUGUGAUUUAGACAACGUAUCCGAACAUGUAAGUCCGGUUAAAGAUGAUGGAAGUAAUAUUUGCAAACACAAUGUUAGGGAAAUGCGUCAAAAUUUAAAAGCAAAAAAGAUUGCUGUAAAUGCCUCGAAAUCUGUUCCCUUAGUACCAAUUACAAAUGGUUGUGGUAAAAUAGUUUCGAAAACUAAAUCAACUAUUCAUGCAUCUAACGGUGACUCAGUAAUACAAUAUUCUCGACCUAAUCUUUACAUGAUUCGUAAUGAUAUGUCUAAUUCAAAAUUAAAACAAUAUAUUUCCCCUUUCGUACCUCCAAAUAUUGUAAAUUGUGAUGUAAUCGAAUUGGAAGCUCGUCUUAAACGUUUUAACAUUUGGAAAAUGCCUUCAGAUGCUGAUGUUACUUUAUAUGGGUCUCGCAAUAGUAAUACCAAUAACCAUAAUAAUAGCAAUGUAUGUCACAACAACAAUAAUAAUAAUAAUAAUAACGGUAACAAUUUGAAAUCGCGCUGUAACGACAUGAUGCCAGCUUUUGUAAAACGUAAAUUUAUGGAUGAAUCUAUUAUUAGAAGUCAACCACCACAACCGCUUGAUUUUAAGGAUCCGGCUAUAAUAACAAAUCAACGCCGUAUUGGCAGUGGUCGCAUAUCACAUAAUAAAUGGUCUGGUAACUAUCAACCACAGUAUGGAAAUCAACAUUAUCACGCUAAAUUAUCGGAAAGCAGUCAAUUUAAUAAACAAAUUAAUGGCGAUAACAAUGUUACAGUUUCGAAUGAACAAUCGUCUAAAGAUCGUACUGCUGUUGUAGAUGUUGGAAAAUCAAACUAUGUGAAGAGGGUGAUGUCUGGAUUUUUAGUUGUUUCUAAUCCAAAGGAUCGAGAAACUGAAGAAAAAUAUGAACAACAUUAUAAAAAUCAACAAAAUGAAGAACCCGAAUGGUUUAGUUGUGGGCCAACAUCCCGAUUGGACACUAUUGAAUUGUGUGGCUUUGAUGAAGAGGAUGAGCAGCAACAUUUAAAUAGCGAAAGUAAUAGUAGUAGUGCUAGUACUGGAGGAGGUGUAGCUGAAAUUGGUGAUGCUGAUAUACAUAGUGAUGAGAGCAAAGAAAAUCUCAUGCAAAAUUCGAAUAAGAUCGAAUUGACUGGUAAAUCAAAAUGGAAUGAAAACUUUAAUAAAUAUCGCAAAUUCAAUCCUAAAAGUGAUAACAAUAAUAACGUGCAUGACAGUAAAAAUACAGAGACUUCGAAAACAAAUAACCAUAACGAAAAAUCAGAUCAUGGAACUAAGAAAACAAUACCUUUUCAAUACGAUCAGUUCUCUGGAAACUCUAAGUCACGUUCACACAUGCAACAAAAUCGUAAUGGUGGUGAAAUGAACGGCACUGGAGGACAUCACUAUCAAAAUCAUAAUGGAAGUUCACGCUUUUUACCAUUUUUCGGAGGACAUCCAUCGAGAAAUAAUUCAAGUGAACAAUUAGAAAAUAGCGGUUCUUCAGCAUCGCUUAACGAAUUCUUUAAGCAGGCAAUGAACUCUCAAAAAAAGACCGACCCAUUGCAUUUGAUGAUGCCGCAACCACAGCAACAAAAUCCAUCUACAACAAAUACACGUUCUACAUCAAAUAUUAAUUUAACCGAAAUACCUUCAGUAGAUGAAUUGGAAGCUAAAUGGCGACAAAACUCAUCCACUUGCGGCGUUAAAAAUGUAGAAAACUAUUGCAAUGAUGCUAACAAUAAUAAUAUUAGUCGCGACUCGGAAAAUUUCAAAAAGCUUAUUGGUCAAUUGAACAAUAACUAUAGUUCAAUCCCACCACCUACAAAAUCUGAGCAACAGCACAAUAAAUCUCAAAAUAAUGUAUUCUCCAAUAAUAAUAGCAACACCAAUAAUGAGAAUCUUUCGACCAUUAUAUUUAAACAACAGUUCCAACAAAAACAGUUACAGCAUCAGCAACAAUCUACCACAGGAAUGCAACAAACAAAUCCCUUACAACAACAAUAUAAUAAACAAAAUGUUUUCAUACAACAGCAACAAGCUGCUCUUCUAGCAAAUUUACAGUUGAAGGCUAUUUUAAGCCGCCCAGAAGCUCAAAUGUUAUUAUUGGGAUUGGCUAAAGGUGAUAUUUCAAAACAUGGUCUGGUUAUACAAUUGGCAAAUCCUCGCUUGCCUCAAAGAGAUCGAGAAGCUAUAACUGCAGUACUUACAUUUACCUCUGCACAGCAACAACAACAACAGCAAUUUGAUGUGUUAUCGAAUAAUUUAAUAAUGAAUCAGCUACAAAAUCUUCAAAAUUUAGCUAUUGUUCAACAGACUUUGGCGGCUCAACAACAACAACAACAAUUGCAAGGUGGCAAUAAGCGUUUAACGACAAUGCAACCAAUGAGUCAAGAAGAAUUACAAACUCAUGCAAAUAUUAUAAUGCAAAAUGCAUUAAUAAAACGUAAAAUUGAAGAGCAAACAAAUGCUUUAGGAUUACAAAAAAUCUUACAAUUAAAUGUAGCUGCUCAAGUGGCUAAGCAACAGCAGCAGCAGCAACAAACACAUAAUCGUAAUAUCAGUGGUCCUGGUAAUCAAAAUCGCAUUACAAAUGGUAGUCGUCGACUUCAAGCACUUCAGAAUUUAUUUAAUGACUCAAAUGGUAUGGUAGAUAAUAUACAACAACAACAGAAUCUAAAUGGCGCUAAUAUUGGUGGUAAUAUUAACAACAAUAAUGGUACAAACUAUCGCAACAAUCGCAAUACGAAUAUUCAAAAUCAACGCAGACGUUCGUCAGGUGCCACAUCAGGUAUACCCUUAAAGUUGGCACCAGAAGUUGAACAUCAAUAUCAGCAACAACAACAGCAAUGCCAGUUAAUUGAUCAUCAGACGCAUUAUCAAAAUUCAGUGAUGUCUAAUCCGCAUAUGCAUCAUGCAGGAAGGCCAAAUAAAAUUCACCUUCCAUCACAACAGCCGGCAGUUAUUCUUUCAGGAGGUGGAAAUGAGUUUAAUUAAUAAUUUGAAGCAAUUUUCCACCUCAACAACUGGUCUUAUGGCCAUUGGAAUAUUUUCGACAUUGAUUAUUAGUGUUAGUUAUCGCGUAUUUAUGAAACCUGAAUUUGAAAGGCGACGUCGCCAAGAGGCCGAAGCAAUGGCAGAUUAU